AUGUACUGUAAUCAGGCUCAUGUUAAUUAUCCGUCGCACACCCCAGACCGAUGUACUGCAUCUUCCACAUCUUCCACUACCCUUCGAUCCCCUAUCGAUACAAACCUUGCAUCCAAUAUAUACAUAGUUAUUCAUCACACUAAGAAAAAGGAGCUCGAGAUACGUACUAGUAAUUCUGGUCUACUGUGCUAUAGUGCUGAGGAAAACCUUUGA